ACAAGUCGGCAUAUGUAGGGAUUUUGGCAUCACCAUCUUUAAAAGGCAAAGUAACUUCUGUGAAUGAGAAACCAAAGGAAAAGCUCUUAAAUACCUAAAAUUAAAAAAUAAAAAUUGGUAAAUGAUAAUUAUCAGAGGGUUAAAAAAGUUUCUACUAUUUCAAUGGCGGCUGAUCGAGUUUGAAUUCUCAAUCACCAUAUAUAGCCGUUGUUUCGUUAGAAAAAUAAAAACCUUAAAAAGCGUAUUCACAAUCCGUCAAAAUACCAUCUGGGUCAGCUUCAAAAACAGUUUUUUUUUUUUGGGUAUUAUUUAUUCAUAUUUUUUUUUCCUUCUUGUUUUCCACUCGAUUGAAGAAGAUUAGGUUACAUGUGCCUGCUAAAGGUGGCGAACAAGAGGGAUUUAGAUGAUCAAUUCAUCAGGUUUCAAGCUGAUCAAGAUCAACAACACGAUGAAGAAGAAACCUCCGAAUUAGUUUAUUCUCAAUCACACGAGUUAAUAAACCCAACUCAAUCAUCAUCUCUUGCAUAUCAUCCUCAAUAUGUUAGCUUGAUGCCGCCUCCACCGCCGCAGCCGUCUACUAUAUUUUCCGGUUACAGCCGGCCUACGGAGAUGUCGGCGAUGGUUUCGGCUCUUACUCAUGUUGUUUCAGGGCAAAGAGGAUAUGGAAUUGGACUUUCUUCUUCCUCUUCUUCUUCUUCUUCUCCUUCUCCUUCUCCUUCUUCUGGUUCUUCGAUUGGGCAAAAGCGAGGCCGUGAAGAUAAUAUUGGUGCUGCUUCUUCUCAAUUACUAUUGGAAUCUUCUUCCAGAGCUUAUCGUGUUGGGCUUGCUCCUCAUGAUUUCGGAGCUACUCAGCAAGGAGCUGAAUCAUCUCCCAGUGCAACAGGGGAAGAAAUUACAAACAUCAUGAGCAACCCUGCAGCGACAACCACCAUUGUUUCACCAUCACCUUCAAGCGAAACAGCUUCAUACGAAGAAAGCGGCGAGAGGAGGAGAAGAUACAGAGGAGUGAGGCAGAGACCGUGGGGAAAAUGGGCUGCAGAGAUCCGAGACCCUCACAAAGCAGCCAGAGUUUGGCUCGGCACCUUCGACACCGCCGAAGCCGCCGCAAGAGCCUACGACGAAGCCGCCUUGAGAUUCAGAGGGAACAGGGCAAAGCUCAAUUUCCCGGAAAAUGUCAGAUUACUCCCUCCUCCGGCGCAAACUCUCCAGGCCGUCUUGCCAGCGGCGGUUUCGAGCACUCCGGCCUCUGUUAUUACGCAAGUGCAGCCAAACCCGACUCCGCGGCCGCCUCCGCAGCCAUUGCAAAGCGUUCCUUUCUUUAAUCCCCAACAGUUUCAGAGUCAUCCCGAUGUUCUUAGAGACUAUUUGCAGUAUUCUCAGCUGCUUCAGAGCUCCGGCGGUGACUUCAAUGGAGGACAACAACAACAACAACAACAACAACAACAGCCACAGCCCACGAGCUUGCUUGAGCAGAUGUUUUAUAAUUCUCAGUUUGGUCCUGUUCAAUCUUCGUUUUUGUCUUCGUCUUCUACAUUCUCACCGUCCUCUGUUUCUUCCUCUUCAUCCUCUGUUUCAUUUCCUCUGCUUUUUUCCGACCAGCAGCAGCUGGGGUUUUUCCGACCUACUAGGACUCAGAAUCCAUCUGGUGGUUCGGCUUUUCCGGCACCGUCUUGGUCACAUUCAGGUCAUAAUCCUUCCUCAUCCGGUUGAAUACUUUAAAAAAAUAAAAAUAAAAACAAUAAAUCCCACAAA